UUUGAUUGUUUAAGCGUGUCAAAGGAUGUAUAGUUCUAUGUUUCUCAUGGACAUAGCAAUGUAUGUCUAUGGUAUUUCUUUAGUUGUCAAGUUAAAGGAGAGGAAAAAUGGCGGAUGAAAAUGAGGAUCAAUGGUUAUAUGGAGAUUCGACUGACGGAAAAGAAUACACACCAACGUCUGCUCAACCAGAAAGCCAAGAAAAUGAUUCGCUCCCUGCUGCGAUACAAGAAAAGUCAGAAACCUUGGAAGAUCAAAAAACAGAAAAUGUUCCUGAUGCACCAACAGAGACGCCUGAAGAAACAGAACCACAGGAGGAAGAGUCUCCUCGAGCCGAUAAUGUUCAGAACGAAAACAAUACAGAAGUGAACAAAAAUGGUAUACGAGAAGUUUCCAGUCAAGAAGAUGGUGAAGCUGCUAGUGAUUCGGAUUCCGAUGACGACGUACACGUUGUCAUAGGUGACAUUAAAUCAACCCCAGCAUAUGGUAGCCUCAAUAUCAAAAGAGGAGGAUUACUCACAAAUGCAUCAGGAGUACCAGAUAAAUUGAAUAAGCAACCUGGAAAAUUUAGUAUAGAUGAAUUUGAAACUAUAGGCGUUAUCAAUGGAAUGCCUGCUCAUGAAUUUAAUUUAGAUCAAUUAGAAGACAAACCUUGGAGGCAACCUGGUGCAGACAUUACGGAUUACUUUAAUUAUGGCUUUAAUGAAGAAACAUGGAGAGCUUAUUGUGAAAGGCAAAAAAGAAUGAGAAGUGAGUCUGGAGUAGGCUUAAUAUUGAAUGCAGGAGGAGGCGGCGGUAAUGCAGGCAGCAUGAGGGUACCUCAAGUUGCAAUUACUAAUGAUAACAGUAAAUAUUCUGGUAUAAUGGGGCCAAAAAGAGCAGGUCCGCCUCCAGGAAGAAAAAUGGCAGGAACAAUAGAUGUAAUUGGUAGUUCAGGUUUGGCUUCCAGAAGAAAUCUUGAUAAAUCUCCGCCAAAAGGAAAUGUGAUACAAGUAAUGACUGCAGAUAGGAGAGAAUACUCUAGGAAGCCAGGUUAUCCUGAUAUGAGUGUGCCACCUCCAGGAGCAGGAAUGCCUCCUGCAUUUGAUAUACCUCCUCCUGGAUACCCUGGAGAGCCAGCUCCUUUUUAUAUCCCAGAAACAGAUCCAUAUUAUCAAAGCUAUGAACCUACACAAGAUAACCAAUGGGGCAAUGAUCCGACAUGGCAACCGACAAAUUUAGCUAUUCCAAUGACAGAGGGAGAAGAUGAUAAAGAUACUGGCCCAAAAACGAUACCAACUAUGGUUCCUCCUACAAAUAUUCCUCCUAUAAUGCCACCUAGAGAUUCUCGAGAUCGUGAAAGAGAUCGAGAAAGAGAAAGAGAUCGCGACAGAGAACUAGAUUCGAUGGGACGGGACAGAGAAAGAGAUAAGGAUAGAGAUCGCGAUCGUGAGCGUGAAAAGGAUUCUAUGAUUAGAGAACGGGACAGAGAAAGAGACUCGAUGUCGCGAGAUGAAGAAAGAGAUCGUGACAGAUCUCGAUCUCAGUAUCGACACAAAGACCGGCAUCGACAUCGAUCCAGAUCGCGAUCUCGUAGACACAAAUCGAGAUCCAGAAGCCCAAGUCGGCGUAAGAAGAAAUCUAGACGCUCUGAAAGAGAACGUUCUAAAGAAGAGAGCGAAUAAAAAUAAGAAAAUAUGUAUUUACAAACAUCCGUGAUCACAUUGGUAUGCUGAAUUUAAGAUGUCGAUUCAUUUAAUAAUAUAAUUUUUCAUGUUAUUUUCAAGAAUAUACGUUGGUACAAUUGUCGCACGAACUAUCAAGGGACAGCGACAAAUCAUUUGAUCGAAAUUUAUAUGAUACUCCUCGAUCCUAGCCAACAAAUAAGUUAGUAUAAGACAGUACCAAUAAACUUUAUCUUUAACGAUA